AGUGACGUGGCUCACUCGCUGGGCCUGUGCCACCGCGUCCACCUGCUGAACCGGGUGGUGUCCUGGGUGGAGGUGAUCGAGGCCCGCUCCUGCUCCGCCGUGCACGUGAGCGACUCCGCGCUGGGCGGCGUGCCCACCAGGGUUUUCCAGGCGAAGGGCGGCGAGAGGCCGAAGAGAGGAGUCGUAUAUUUCCACGGAGGAGGGUGGGCCCUGGGCAGCGGCCGGAUGCGAUCCUAUGACCGCCUUUGCCGGAAAAUGGCGGCGGAUCUGGACGCUGUCGUCAUGUCUGUUGAUUACCGUCUCGCCCCGGAGGCGGUGUUCCCGGAUCAGUACCACGACGCGUUGGCGGCGUCGCGGGACUUCCUGUCUGCCGGGGUCCUGGGGCGCUACGGCAUCGACCCGGAGAGAGUGUGCGUGUCCGGGGACAGCGCCGGGGGAAACCUGGCCGCCGCCGUGGCUCAGGAGCUCGGCUCAGACGACCGUCUGACCGUGAAGUUCAAGGCGCAGGCGUUGAUUUACCCGGUGCUGCAGGCCCUCGACUUCCACACCUCGUCCUACCAGCAGAACCAGGCCGUGCCCAUCCUCUACAGACCCAUCAUGGCUCGUUUCUGGCUGCAGUACCUCGGCGCCGACUCCUCCCUGGCGCCCCUGCUCCUCGCCAACAACCACAGCUCCCUGGACCAGCCGGCCAUCAGCGCCGGCACCCGCUCCAAACUGGACUGGACCUCUCUGCUCCCGGCGGAGCGCAGGAAGCACUUCAGGCCGGUCGUCAGGGAGACGGGAUCGCCGGGGCUGCUGGGUGAGUUGCCGGCGCUGAUGGACGUGAGGGCGGCGCCGCUGCUGGCAGAGCAGAGGGUUCUGGGUAGGGCGCCCAAAGCAUACGUGAUGACGUGUGAGUUUGACGUGCUGAGGGACGACGGGCUCAUGUACGUACAGCGGCUGCAGGACGCCGGGGUCACGGUGACCAGCGAUCACUACGAGGACGGCUUCCAUGGCUGCAUGGUGUUUGCGGACCUGCCGAUGUUAUCGAACGUUGGACGGAGGAGCAUGAACAACUACAUCCGCUGGCUGGACCAGAACCUCUAGAACUCAGGACGCGUGGAGUCUGUGAAGCCAAAGAUUCCUGCAGCAGGAAUUCUGGUUUUUGAUCCGCAGAGGAGGCGCGUCUUUAUUUACCGGGAACACAGAGCGUGCGGACGUGAAGCGUGCGGACGUGAAGCGUCCAACACGUCGGACCGCGUCCUGUAUCACGUGAAAUCUAAAAACACGGAACAACUCAAACUGUCAACAACUCAAAUUCCAAAGCAAACGUGAUCGUUUCCGAACUCGCUGAUUUAUUUAGUUAAGUUAAAUCAAACUCGACGGUGACGAGACUUUACACGGUCGCUUAUUCGCUUUAAAUCCUACAUAUACUGCCGCCUGCUGUCCAUGUGCUGAACUGCAGUUUGUCCAAAAUUAGAUAAACCACAGAUUAAAGCACUGAUUCAUAAAACCAAACAAAUCUGAUGUCACCAAAGAAAAUCCUGCUUUUAGAAUAUGUUGAUAUAUUUAAAGAAGAGAAUCCAGGGAUUAUCAAAAGUCCAACAGGUCUUAUAAUAAUAAUAAUAAUGACAAUGAUAAAAAUAAGACACAAAAAGAAUAAAACGUGAACAAAUAAAAACUAACUACUGAAAUUUAAACUGUGACUCUUAAGCAUUACUACUUCCUGUAGCGUAAAGAAACAUGAGCAAAGAGAAUUUAAUGUUUAAAAUUAUUUCGACUGUCCUGAAUUUACUUUAUGUUCGAUAUGAUUCUUAAAUUAAAAUGAAUCACAGGAAAUGUUUUUUUCGUAGCUGUGACACACACAUUUUGUUUUAAUGGCGAUUGUGUUGAAAUGUGUAUUUAAAACUUCAACAAUGCAAAACUCGGAGCCGACCACUUUAUUAACGAUGCACUGUGCGAUGUUUGAUACCAGCGACGAUCUGAAGCUUGUUUCGGUUUUCUCGUUCGUUGCUUUUCAUGAUUGGAGUCUUCGUCAAAUUUGUCACGAACAAAAGUUUCUUCCUGUUGAAAGAUAUAAGAUGAACAUACGACCUGA